UUGUCUAUUAGCCAGGAACUUUAUCAUCCACACAGCCCAUACACAUUCCAACAACCUAACUGCUGAAAGGAAGUCGAAGCAGAGAAAAAAAUGGGAGAGAAGAAGAAAGCCAAGGCAGUAAUAGUAGGAGGGAGCAUAGCAGGGGUGUCAUGUGCACAUGCCCUCAUUUCAGCUGGAUGGGAUGUUGUGGUUCUUGAGAAAUCAAGCCAACCUCCUAAAGGGAGCCCUACUGGUGCCGGCCUCGCACUUGACAGGCAGGCUUUUAACAUUAUUGAGUCCUGGCUACGCCAGCCUCAGCUUGUCCAACAGACCACCUUGCCUCUAACAAUUGAUCAGAAUCAAACAGCAGAUGGAGAAAAGAAAGUCAGUAGGAUAUUAACAAGAGAUGAGGAUUUCAAUUUCAGAGCUGCACACUGGGCAGAUCUUCAUGGUCUUCUGUACAAUGCACUACCAGCAGAAGUAUUUUUGUGGGGUCAUUUGUACCUUUCUUUCAGGACUUCUGAAGACAAAACCUCUGUUACAGUUGAGGCUAAAGCUCUUCAAACUGAAGAGAUUAUUGAGAUAAAUGGGGACUUGCUUGUUGCAGCAGAUGGAUGCCUCUCUUUAAUCCGAAAGACUUUUCUACCUGACCUGAAAUUGAGGUAUUCAGGUUACUGUGCUUGGAGAGGAGUUCUUGAUUUUUCAGGAAAUGAGAAUUCAGAAACUAUAAUGAGCAUCCGAAGAGUGUACCCCGAUCUUGGAAAAUGCUUAUACUUUGAUCUGAACACUGGAAGCCACGCUGUGCUUUAUGAACUUCUUAGCAAAAGGCUCAACUGGAUUUGGUAUGUUCAUCAACCUGAGCCUGAACAGAAGGGAUACUCAGUGACCAUGAAAGUAAGCAGUGAUAUGAUAGAGAAUAUGUAUCAAGAAGCAGAGAAAGCUUGGGGUCCUGAAUUGGUGAGAGUCAUGAGAGAAACAAAGGAGCCUUUCAUAAAUAUCAUAUAUGAUUGUGAUCCUCUUGAUCGAAUCUUUCUGGACAACGUGGUAUUAAUCGGAGAUGCUGCUCACCCUACAACUCCUCAUGGCGUCAGAAGCACAAACAUGUCGAUAUUGGAUGCAGCGGUUCUAGGAAAAUGUAUUGAGAAGUGGGGAGCAGAAAAUAUACCUUCAGCUCUUGAGGAAUAUCAGCGCAUUCGACUACCAGUCACUUCUAAACAAGUCCUGCACUCACGCAGAAUGGGUCGAAUCAAGCAAGGCUUAGCUCUUCUUGAUCGCAAGCCUUUUGAUCCGAAGACAGCAAGUGCAGAGGAAUGUGAAGAGCUUCAGCAGAAAAACAUGCCUUUCUUUGCUAGUGUUCCUUUGUCAGUUGAUUGAUGUUAUGCUCCUUGUUGCACGUGUUAUGACACUCCUCAUGAGCAGAAAACUCUUGGUGUUCUUCUGCUCUUCUUUAUUUCUUAAAUCCAGUUCUUUUGCUGGAUUUUUCCGUAUAGAUUCAUAUAUCAAAGGAAUACAAACGAGAAAGCCUGUGUUUCAAGAGAA